AAAUAAACACGUCUGAGCCUGUCUGGACGCAGAGGAGCUUCUGGGUCCGCUCGCGUUCUGGUACUGUCCAGCUCCUGUACGAUUGCGCGUUCCCGCAGCUCCGCUGCCUGCAGCAGGACGCGCGCCUCCGCAGGAGCUGAUCCAGGAGGCGUCAACUGGGCGAAGCCUCGUCUCGUCGCAGCUAAACUGACUCUGAGCGACGUGGACCGACGGGACCAGACGAGGAUGAAGCAAACAAGUCUCCUGCUGCUGCUCGGAGCCGUCCUGAGCUUCUGUCGGGCUCAGUCGCAGAUGGACGGAGAGGAGACGGGUGUGGAUGAGGAACACGUAGAGCUCUUCACCACACCAACGACCAAGAUGGCCGCUGCCACCUCGGACUUUGGCUACAACCUGUUCCGUGUCCUGGCGAGUCGCGAAGCUUCAAGCAACAUCUUCCUGGCUCCCAUCAGCGUGUCUGCAGUGCUGACACAGCUGUCCCUGGGAACAUCUGAGAGUGCUGAGAGGCAGCUGUUCAGGGCCCUCAGGUACCACACCCUGCAGGACCCUGCGCUCCACACGACCCUGAAGGACCUGCUGGCCUCAGUCAGGACGCCUGGGAAAGGCCUGAGCACCGCUCAACGGAUCUACCUUGCACGACGACUUCGUCUGAAGCAGGACUUCUUCACACUGGUGGAGCAGCGGUAUGGAGUUCGUCCCAAGGCGCUGCUGGGAGGAUCCAAAGAUGUGAAAGAAAUCAACGACUGGGUGAGUCAGGAGACAGGAGGAACGGUGCAGCGCUUCCUGUCCAAGCCCCUGCCUCGAAACGCCGGCGUCAACGCCGUGAGCGCCGCCCACUUUAAAGGGAAGUGGGUGAUCCGGUUGAGUCAGACUGGAGAGCUAGGCACUUUUCAAGUGGAUGGUGGGACGCCUGUCCGCAUUCCCAUAAUGCAGCAGGAUAACUACCCAGUGAAAAUGGGAGCGGACUCAGACCUGGGCUGCAUGAUCACUCAGAUCCAGAUGCAGGAUGAUAUCAGCAUGUUCAUCUUCCUGCCUGAUGAGGUCACUACCAACAUGACCCUGCUGGAGGACAGUCUGACUGCUGAGUUUGUUCAGGACCUCUCCAUGACGCUCCUUCCUGCCCACGUUUCCCUAACUAUGCCUGUCCUGAAGUUCAGCUACUCCACUAACCUGCUGCCGCUGCUCGGCAACGCAGGUUUUGCUGAUUGGCUCCAAAACACUGGCUUAGAAAAGAUUUCAGCUCAGCCUGCAGUGCUCAGCUCUGUGAGUCACAAAGUUGUCAUGGAGACAGCGCCAGAGGGAAACGAGUACGCCAGCGCCACAUCCCCAUCCGGCCACCUGUCGUACAGCGUGAACCGGCCCUUUCUGUUCCUGAUCCGGGACGAGGUGUCGGGGGCGUUGCUCGUCAUCGGCAGAGUGACCAACCCUAAAGACCUGGCAGUCUAACACCACCACACACUCUUAGCAGGUCCUAGGAGGGUUUGCAGGCGGAAAAUUAUUUGACUUUGAUUUGACAUGACUUUUACUUUUCACGAUGAAAAACUUCGGCAUGUUUAUGUUAAUCUGACAGGAUACUCAGACCAACUCUGAGCUCACGUUUUUUUUAAAGAAAUCAAAUAUUGUCAUUUAUGUUAAAAAGAAUAAACAUGACAAUGAAACCAAACACGCUACUGGGUUAAAACCUUUGUUCAGUUAACAGCACUUGUACUUCAGGACACCCUCUUGUUUAACAAAGUUUCUGUUUAUGAUACUUCUGUAUCGAUGUCUGUCUAUGUUUUGUGAGUAACACUUGCUACCUUUGUCUAUUGUAACGUUCAGCAGAUGAAACAAUGGUGCUUUCAGCCUCAGGGCCAAAACUCUUCUCCUCAGACCAACUUACCAAACCUCCCAUUGUUGGACAGCGUUGGAAUGUUUGAGUGAGUUUUGUGCAAACAUGUGGUCUUAAUUUUCCAGUGAGAGCUUCUGAGGUUUCUGAAACUCACCCCAGAAAGUGAGCUGAGAGCUAAAGAAAGAACAGUUAUAAUCUUGGCUGGAUGUUUGCUAGGUUCAUUAAACUAUCUACAGAAUAUAAUCAUUAAUUGUCUCUAUCUAAUCUCUAAUUAACUCUGUUAAGGAAGCUGCUUCUGCAUUUACAUACACACAGGAAGUAUGACAGUCAAAUCGAUAUCUUCCUCAUCCUCUGAUGUAAUAAACACACCUGAGCUCCAGCUGACUGAGCACACGUCAGCAGCUGUGAGAACUCAAAACA